AUGAAAUUCUUCGCCGUCUGCUUCUUCGCUGUUGUGGCCGUGGCUGCUGCCAAGCCCGGAAUUGUGGCUCCUCUGGCCGCCGCUCCUCUGGCUUACACCGCUCCGGCUGUGGUGGGCAGUGCCGCCUACGUGGCUCCCUACGCCUCCAGCUACACCGCCCACUCGGUGGCCCACAGCGCCGCCUUCCCAGCCGCCUACACCGCUCCACUUGCCGCUGCCUACACCGCUCCAGUUGCCGCCGCCUACACCGCUCCAGUUGCUGCCGCCUAUACCGCUCCAGUGGCCGCCGCUUACACCGCUCCAGUGGCCGCUGCCUACGCCGCUCCUGCCGCCUAUACCGCUGCCUACACCGCCCCCAUUGCCCGUUAUGCCGCCACCCCCUUCGCAGCUCCCAUCGCCGCCCCAGUGGCUGCCGCCUACACCGCCCCCAUCGCCGCCGCUGCUCCCCUCCUGCUGAAGAAGUAAGACGAC